UCGCCAAUGGCACAUUGAAUCUGUUUUUAAUUUAAGGGUCAGAAAAUAGUAAAUAUUUCGGUACUUUUACGAAAAGAGACAAAAAUCACAAUUGCUUAGCUUAAUAUGGACAAACACUAACUAUGACUUCUCAGUAUAAAAAGUUUACCAAAUUAAUAGCUAAAUGGCCGGUGGACAGUUCUAAAGGUGAUAGGGAUCUUGGCAAGUUCAUACGAGAAAAAGUGAAAGUUGCUUUUGAAUCGUCAAACAAACAAAACUUAGACUCUGAACUGUGUACCCGUCAAUACAACGCUCUAAACAAAAUAGCAGACAACCAUUAUAGGGAUAAAUAUAAAAGAACCAACCAAAGCACUGCGACCGGCUUGAGCACUGAAGAGUGUAACCUCAUAUUAUCUAAUGAAGUAUUAACAUAUCUGAAGGAGGAAAACAAGGCACGCAAGCUUCAUAAUAAAACCUACAAAGAUCACACACCUGUUAUGUUAAAUGAAGUAAUUAAACACUUAAAACCGAAUGACAAUGAACUAUACAUUGACAUGACUUUUGGAGCGGGUGGACACUCUAGAAAGAUCCUCGAAUCAGCUAAUUGUCAAUUAAUAACAUUAGAUAGAGAUCCCAUAGCUUAUGAAAAAGCAAAAAAACUAUCAGAAGAAUAUCCAAAUAGAGUAAUCCCACUGUUAGGAAAAUUUAGUGAGCUUCCUACACUUUUGAAGAGUGUUAAUAUUAAACAGUCUUCAAUAGAUGGCAUAUUAUUUGACUUUGGUUGCUCCUCUAUGCAACUAGAUAAUGGUGAAAGAGGUUUUGCUGUUAGCAAAAACGGUUACCUUGAUAUGAGAAUGGAUGCUGGAAGAGAUCCUAAUCAAAUUACUGCUCGGGAAGUUUUAGCAACUGCUAACGAACAUGAGCUAUACAAAAUUUUCAAAGUAUAUGGUGAGGAGAAAAGAGCAGCAAAAAUAGCUCAAACAAUAAUACACGCUAGGUAUAUGAUAAAAAAUAUAGAUACAACACAUGAAUUGGUCGAUAUUGUAGAUUCUUGCUGCCCAGAUGAAUUCAGAUUAGAUAAACUACAAAGACCACAAUCAAAUGCAACUAAAAUAUUUCAAGCAUUACGCAUAUUUGUUAAUAAUGAACUCAAUGAACUUAACUAUGGUAUGGUACUAGCUAAAUAUUAUCUAAAAAUAAAUGGAAGGUUGGUUACAGUAUGCUUUCAUUCUCUUGAAGAUACAAUAGUUAAACGACAUAUUGCUGGGAAUAUAGUAAAUGAAACGGCUAAUCCUGUCCCAUUGAGAUAUCUCAGUCCUAUGUUAGUACAAGACCAGGAAACAAUAAAUCAAUUCUUAGAUUCGCCAUGGAAAGCAAUAAACAAACAUGUUGAAGUGCCAUCUGAUGAAGAAGUUGAAAGAAACCCGAGGAGUAGGAGUGCUCGGUUGAGGGCUGCACUUAAAAUAAAAUAAAAAACCAUGCUUUUAAAUUUAGAAGCAUGUAUUCAUUGAUGCAAUAAUACAUAGGACGAGAUUUUUAAAUGUAUAAAGGUUACUUUAGUUGGACAAUUUCAACUCAAUAUAACAUGUAGAUAAUUUUAGAUUGUAAUGUAGAAAAAUAAAUAAUAUUUAUAGUUU